UGGCGGCGGCAGUGGCGGCGGCGGCCCGGCGGCGGGUGACAGCCUUGUUCCUUUCAUCUGCGGUUCGGCACCAGAGUUCCCAGAGCACGUCACUGCAGCAAGGACUUGUGGCCAAAACGUCUCUAACUUCACCGCCAUGGCCUGAAGUGAAACUUCCAGAUCCAGUAGAAGAAGCAAAGUAUCAUACAGAAGUGGUACAAAAGGUGAACAAGAUGAUCGCAACGGGGCAGUACGGAAGGCUCUUUGCUGUGGUCCACUUUGCCAGCAAGCAGUGGAAAAUAACCAGCGAAGACUUGAUUAUGAUGGACAACGUGCUGGAGGCUGAAUGUGGAGACCGAAUCCGGAUGGAAAAGGUUUUGCUGGUUGGUGCUGAUGACUUCACGCUUAUUGGAAGGCCUCUCCUGGGGAAAGAUCUCGUCCGUGUGGAGGCUACUGUGAUUGAAAAGACAGAGUCAUGGCCAAAAAUUAACAUGCGCUUUUGGAGGAGGCACAACUAUCAAAGGAAGAAAAAAGGGAUGCUGAAACCUUGGCCAGCCUGACACAGUCCCACGGGAGCUCUGCCUGGCCCUCCCGUUCCUGCCACGGCAGUGGUGUCCCGCCGUCCCGCCAGCAUCGCCGGCACCCCCGGGAGCCCUCCCGCCCGGGCAUGCCUUAGGCUCACGGAGCUGAGCCAGCAGCAGCCUUCCGACAGGUACGCAACAGGAUUUUGUGCUGUCAUCUCAUCUUUUGU